AUGAAUAAUGAAACAAAUAGUCUUGCCUUAUUGGCAUUUAUUUAUCGUAUUGAAAUAAUAACAUUACCAAUAUUAAUUAUAUUUGGUAGUAUAUGUAAUAUAAUGACAUUUAUUGUUAUGCGUCGAAGACGUAUGCGUGUAUCAUCAACAUGUUUUUAUAUGGCAGCACUUGCUGUUACAGAUACACUUGUAUUAUGGACAGGUUGUCUUAAUCAAUGGUUUUAUAUUAUACAUAUACCAACUGUUGUUGCAAAAUCAAAUUUUACAUGUAAAUUACUUCCAUUCUUAUUUGUUUUUUUUGCUGAUACAAGUGUAUGGAUUAUUGUAUGUAUGUCAUUUGAACGUUAUUUUGCUGUUUCACGUCCAUUACUUGCUUCACAAAUGUGUACAACAAAACGUGCAAAAUGGGUUUUACUCGUUAUGUUUAUUGUAUUUGCAUUAAUUGAUGGUCAUUUUUUAUUAACAUUAGAAUUAGAAAUAAUCGAUGGUCAUUAUCGUGUAUGUCAUCCAAAAAUGUGGGCAAGACAUUUUGUUGGAAAAAUAUUUGUUUUUAUUGAUGCAUUAAAAUAUUCAGCAAUACCAUUUUGUAUUUUACUUAUAUUAAGUAUACUUAUAAUUCAACGAGUUUUUCGUGCUGAAGGUAUAAGUGCUCAAUUACAAAAUCUUCGUCCAUUACAUAAUUAUCGACAAUAUUCAACAACAUCAAGUCCAAGUUGUACAACACAUUCAUCAUCAUUAGGUAUUAAUACAGCACAAACAAAUUUACUAACAAGUAAUACACGAGUUGGUCGUCGUGUUACAUUUAUGUUAUUAUCUGUUAGUAUUGCAUUUUGUGUUUUUUCUGCACCAAUGUCACUUAUGCAAAUAGUACAAAGUAUAGCAAAACCUGGUUAUCAUGAAACACCAUUAGCUAUUGGUAAAGCUAUUGCAGAAUUAUGUCAAUAUAUUAAUCAUUCAUGUAAUUUUUUUUUAUAUGCAUUAACGGGACGAAUAUUUCGUCGUGAAUUUGUUCGAUUAUUUUUUCCAACACGUUUCGGUACUCAACAAGGUUUUGCUACUGGUGCUCGUAUAAACGGUAUUGGUCUUAGUGUACGUGCUGGUAUGAUACCACAUGUAGCAAAUUCAUCAAGUCGUCCUGUAUCAUUUUAUUCAAUUGAAAAUAAUCGUUAUAAUAGAUGUUCACAAAGAUCAUCUCGACGUUUAACAACAUUAUAUCCUAUACGAUAUAAAAAUGAAACAAAUCAACAAUCUAAUCGAUCAUCUCCAAGACAAGCACCAUUUUUAUCAUUUAAUAAUACUCCUAUAUUAGCAAAUAGAUUUCGUUAUUUACAUGGUGAUAAAUCUUCGAUACAUACAAUAAGAAAUAAUGAUGAUAACAAUAAUACUAUUAAUAAUAAUAAUAAUAGUUCAUUAGUUAAUUUUUGGAAUAUAUUUGGUAGAAAAAGAGACUUAAAAGCGACUAGAAAUGGUUCAAUAUUAUUUCUUAAUGGAAAAUCAACAAAACGUGUAGCAUCUACAAUGUGA